AAAGCUAUCUUCCCUUCCUCCCUUCGCGGGCUUCUUCUCCCGAAUCAACACCAUUACCAUCCUCUUUUUCGUUUUUGAUUUUCUGCAAAUUCUGCCAAACGCCGUCGUUUGAAGCAGCACUUGGUUUCUGCCACCAACGGUUGUUUCUCGAAUGUCGUUUUGUUUUUACACUCUCCAAUGCGUUCGUUAAGCACAGGUGGAACCUGAUACCCAAUGGGUUGCGUGCUCGGCAAGCGCUCCGCCGGAGACAACCCAGCCCCUCGAGAAGCUUCUUCCAGACGGCGCCCGAGCUCCGAUGAGUCCUCCGUCGCCGUUACGAAAGUCAGUAGUAAUGGCAUCCAACUUAGAAAAGACGCAGAGCACACGCAGAGUAACAGAUCAUGUCACACGGAGGAUUUUCCGGCGACGGAUCCUCGGAGAACGGGUCCAGACCCCUGCCUGAGGACCCCGCCGAGAUGGCCUUCCUGGCUGGUGGAGACCUGCGGUGACGCGAUCAAAGACUGGACUCCUCGCCGAGCCAACACCUUCGAGAAGCUCGAUAAGAUUGGGCAGGGGACUUACAGUAAUGUGUAUAAAGCAAGGGACCUUAUAACGGGGAAGAUAGUGGCACUGAAGAAGGUGAGGUUUGAUACUUUGGAGCCAGAGAGUGUGAAAUUCAUGGCAAGAGAGAUUCUUAUAUUGAGGAAACUUGAUCAUCCUAAUGUGAUUAAGCUCGAGGGUUUGGUUACUUCGAGGAUGUCAUGCAGUCUCUAUUUGGUGUUCGAGUACAUGGAGCAUGAUCUUGCAGGGCUGGUAGCCAGCCAAGGAGUCAAAUUCAGCGAACCUCAGGUAAAAUGUUAUAUGAAGCAGUUACUUUCUGGACUUGAACAUUGCCACAAUCGAGGUGUUUUGCACCGUGAUAUCAAGGGUUCAAAUCUGUUAAUAGACAAUGAUGGCAUUCUAAAAAUUGCUGAUUUUGGACUGGCUACCUUUUAUGAUACCCAUCAUAAGCAACCCAUGACUAGUCGAGUUGUCACACUUUGGUAUCGUGCCCCUGAACUUCUUCUUGGGGCCUCUUACUAUGACGUUGGUGUUGAUCUCUGGAGUGCAGGCUGUAUUUUGGCAGAGUUGCUUGCCGGGAAGCCUAUAAUGCCAGGCAGAACAGAGGUUGAACAACUGCACAAGAUAUUCAAAUUAUGUGGUUCUCCUUCUGAAGAGUAUUGGAAAAAAUCCAGAUUGCCAAAUGCAACACUAUUUAAGCCACAGCAUCCAUAUAAACGUUGUGUAGCAGAAACCUUCAAGGAGUUCCCUCCUUCUGUCCCUCUAAUUGAAUCUCUUCUUGCAAUUGAACCCAGUGAACGAGGCACUGCCACUGCAGCUCUUAAUAGUGAGGUAAGCGAUCUUCAUAUUAACUGAGAUUUCUUUCAUGAG